ACUUGCUAAUACUGAGCCUUUUUGGUAGCCAUGGUGCUAGGCAAUUUCCUUAAGCAUUCGAGGUGAAUUACAAAGGUUCUAAAGGGAAAUUGAGGGGGGAAAUGACCUCUACUCUUACCUUGUAAAGGACAUUGGGAAGAAGGGGUUUACCUACCUGGUCAGGACAUCAAAGAUACCCCAUUCAGUACCAUCCCUGCAUGAACUUCCCAUUUCUUGUUUCAACUCCAAGGCCUGAUAGUCCAUAAAACAAGUUCUGUCAUCAGGAUUGAUUGGGCAGAGCUGGAGGAUUAGACAGAGUCAUGGUUUCUGUUUUGAAGUGUUGCAGGUCAUGGAUGACACCGGCCUCUCCAUUCCUCAGUUGUGGGCAGAGCUGAGCCCUUGCAUGGCUUAGGUAUAGGGUGUUUUGGCAACUGGUCCUGCACCAGGGGUUCCUGUUCAACCUAUCCUUCCCCACUGAGUGCCCAUUUUCUUUUCUGCCUCCAGAUCAUCGAUCCCAAGAUGCCCCGGGAGGGUCUCCUGCACAAUGGUGUCCCCAUCCCUGUCCCCCCGCUGGACGUGCUGAAGCUGGGAGAGCAGAAACAGGCAGAGGCUGGAGAGAAGCUCUUCCUUGUCCUCUUCUUUGACAACAAGCGCACCUGGCAGUGGCUUCCAAGGGACAAAGUUCUUCCCUUGGGUGUAGAAGAUACUGUGGACAAGCUCAAGAUGCUGGAAGGCCGCAAGACCAGCAUCCGCAAGUCAGUGCAGGUGGCCUAUGACCGUGCAAUGAUCCACCUGAGCCGAGUCCGGGGACCCCACUCCUUCAUCACCUCCAGCUACCUGUAAGGAUGAGGCUGGGUUUGCUUCUGGCUGCCCUGCCUGCCUCCGUCCCAUGGGGCACAGAGAAGCCUCUUCUGCCCAGCCAGAUGUAUGGCCGGCAGUUCCCACUCAUGGCAGGCCAGGGAUUGGACUGUGUCCUCACUUAGGGCAAGGCCUCAGUUUUGACCAAUAACAUGGUUUCCCUGGAGGGCCUGCUGUGUGCCAAAAACUCCCACCUGAGGUCCAUCAGGGCCAUUCCACUGAAGAACCACUUAGAAGUAGAAACAGCUGUGGGGCUUGGGCCCAACAAGGAGAUGGACCUGGCCCAGAAGGCGAGAGGUGCUAGGCUCCUUCUCAAGGGGCUGCCUGGCUCCUCCAGCCCCUUCCCAGCUAACUACACCUCAGGGCAGGCGAGGUUCUGACACUGAUCCCAGAGAUGCUGUGGAUGCGCCAGGGUCCCUUGGGGAAUCCCACUGAGCUCCCCUUCUCCCCCUCGCCAACCCAUUCUCAACCUAUCUUGUCUUCACCCUCUUUCCCUGUUCCUUUCCUUCCUUUCUCUCUUGUGCCAAACUGACAGAAACAUCACCAAACUUGUCUUUUUCUUUAAAGUCUCAUUCCCUUCCUGGCCGGCUGCUAUGCUGGGUGGAUGUCUCUGCCAGGCCCCUCAGGGUCCAGGCAGGGGCCAGCCCACCCGUGAGAACCCCACCCACCAGCACACCUCCCCAUCCCACUGACCUCUGCUGCUGCUAAUAGGGCUGAGCCUGGCCAUCUGAGCAUGCCCCAGGGUGAAGUGGCCCUCUUACCCUCUCCCUGUCUUGCUGUGUCAUGGGCCCAGGCUGGAGUGGGCCCCUAUCAGCAGACCAGGCUGAUUGUGAGAGUAUCCAUCUGUCCCCUGAGAUGCCAUGGGCAGUUGGGAUGGAGCGGUGCCCAUCAGCUGGGUGUGCCCUCUCCCUCCUCCCCUCUCAUGGGCUUUUUUGUUCUGUAACUGCAGCCUUAAAGCUCUCCACCACCGUGGACAGCAUGGCGCUGCCUUCGCACAUCCCCCUGCCUGCACUCUGCCCCAUGGUUCUGCCCCAUGGCUCUGCUGCUCCCUCCUCCCAAACCAGGGAACAUAGCCCUUGAAUUUCAUCCCCUGUCUCCUUCCCUCUUUCUCUUCAACCUCCUCUCCACCACCUUCCCAAAAAAUGGAAGGGAAAAAACAAUACAAAACUGUGAAUGGGGAAUGCUGACUGACAAACCAACGCAGCUUUCAGAGGCUUCUAUGUUUGUUCUCUGGACAUUUCUUUUUUCCUCCUCUUAAACACCAAAGUCGCAGGCCAGCUUGCAGGCCACUGACCGCCAUGUUGAUUUUUAACUUGACGUUCUUUUUAAUUGUUUUAAAUUUUUCAUAGGGGAGUUUUGGACAAAACAAAGUCACUGGGGAGAUCACUGCCAUUUGUACACACUCAACUUUUUAAAAAUACAGCCAACCACACACUGACUUCUUAUACAUUUGGGACAUGAGCCAGAGUUUAAAAGGGAACCAACUAAACUCAAUAACAUAAAGGAUGGGAUUUUGGAUUUUGUACAAUAAAAACAAAAAAACAAAAAACAAUUCAGCAUAUGGCUAGGGAAGGACAUGGUGUAUAUAAUUGUAAAAUACUGUUCUAAAUUAUUCAGGCCUAUACUGUCCAUUACUGGAGUCCUCCAUUGUGUGGCCACACAGUGUGGUUUAUUUAAAGGAGCCUACGCGUCCCCUCUCCCCGGGUAGUUGGUCAACUGUGGACUCUGUGACCUUUGUCUAAACCUGUGUUGUAAGAUCUUGGAGCUCUCUCCCCACUCCCCCACUCCAUGUCUGUCUCUCUCUUCUCUUCCCCUAGCACUUUCUUUUCUUAGUCUAUUUUUCAACCUCUGAAUCCUUCAGUCUCUCUCUGAGUCUCAUUUUUAAAAAUGCUCUUUUAGAACGCGAAACGGCUCAGAUCCUGCUGUGGCAUGGGGCCUGUGUGUCUCUGUCGCGUCUGCUGUGAAGCACAUGAUGCUCUAUUUAUUGUAGAAAGUGACUUUAUUUGCUUUCUAGAAUUGUUUAUAACAGAUGGUAUAAGAGAGGUAAUAAACAGAGAAAAUCUAUGCCUGUAAAGAAUACAAAAGUUAAUUUUACCUACUAUAAUAUGACUGUCGGAAACUUAUUUUCUCUCUGAGAAAUAAAUGUUCUAAUGGGCAGCAA